AAUCAUGCAGUGCAUUGGGUGUACAGAUCAUCCUCUUUACGGAGACAGUGACACCGACACUGUUCCCUCCCCAAUUCCUUUCGCUUUGACGGCACCGACCCAAUUCUCCGACUCCGGCGAAAAACAAAAUCCUAGGGCUUUGAACUCCUAUGGCUGCUCACACCCAUCUCGAUGAUGAUGAUGAUUUUGGAGGCGAUUUUCCUGGAACUCAUAAUAACAGGCGCUCAGUUGACAAGAGAGGCUUUGGGGAUCUUGAAGACGAUGAAGAUGAUAUUUUUGGCUCAAAAAAGAGUAAGACAAAGUUAGAAGAAACUGCUCCUGGUGUAGCAACAGGGAUGAUAUUGUCACUUCGCGAGAGUCUUCAAAACUGUAAGGAUGAACUUGCAACAUGUCAAUCGGAGCUUGAAGCUGCAAAAUCUGAGAUUCAAAUGUGGCAUUCUUCAUUUCAGAAUGAAUCCUUUAUACCCGCUGGGACUUCUCCUGAACCUAAAUCUGUGAUUGAUUAUCUUCAGACUCUGAAAUCCUCUGAGGAGUCAUUAAGAGAACAGCUUGAAAAGGCAAAGAAAAAGGAAGGUGCUUUCAUUGUGACAUUUGCAAAACGGGAGCAGGAGAUAGCAGAGUUGAAGUCUGCUGUCAGAGAAUUAAAAGCACAAUUGAAGCCACCAUCAAUGCAGGCCAGGAGGUUAUUACUAGAUCCAGCUAUUCAUGAAGAAUUUACACGUUUGAAGAAUUUGGUUGAGGAGAAGGAGAAAGAGUUGAAGGAGAAACAGGAUACCAUUUCUGCUCUCAGUUUCACUCCACAAAGUAAGAUGGGUAAGAUGCUGAUGGCUAAAUGUAGGACAUUGCAAGAGGAAAAUGAGGAGAUUGGAAAUCUAGCUUCUGAAGGAAAGAUGCAUGAAUUAGCAAUGCAGCUUGCUUUGCAGAAAUCACAGAAUGCAGAACUCAGAAGUCAGUUUGAAGGACUGCACAAACAUAUGGAGGGGUUGACAAACGAUGUGGAAAGAUCAAACGAAAUGGUGCUUAUCUUGCAAGAGAAGCUGGAAGAAAAGGAUGAGGAGAUCGAAAGGCUGAAGCAUGAGCUGCACCAGAAGAGCCUGAUUGAGGAGGAAAAAGUCGAUUCAGCUUCUAACAAGGAAGCUAGAGAUGAGAUGAUGGCUUCUGAGGAUGCCGGCAACUGAUAUCUUCAUGGCAAUUUUGUAUGCUUCUAUCUUUGUUUUUUUGUUCGCUUUUCCUCUCAGUGCCGUUUGUACAUUGAAAUUGAAUUAAAUUCUUUUAAGUCAGAUGAGGGAAAGCUCAUUCUGAAUUUAGUCAGGGUAUGAGGGUAUGUAUCUAUACAUCAAAAGGUCCCUUUUUUGGUUCCCAAUUGGCCACCUGAACGACUUGAAUUGCUGAU